GUCUUCGCUGCGGUGGUUCCUGAAACGACCGUGGUAGCCCUGAAGAAGUUCGACAAACUGAAGGCAGAGCGACUUCAAAGGUUGAAGGAUCGCCUUUCCGAGCAGACCGAGCUGAUGGAUGGGGACCAUGCAAGGGAGAUGUGUUGGGUAACUUUCACUCUAGACACCGGAAUAUUCCACAAAAGCCUGAAUAAGCCAGGAACAGGUCUCCAUCCGAGAUAUCCGAUUGAUCGAAUUAUUGAUUUUAUUGAACAGGUGAAAGCAGCCGGUGGAGUGGCCAACAUGCGCAAGAAACUGGACGAGUUGACCGUGCUGCACAAGCGGAACAACGAUUUGGUAGCCGAUAUCGACCGCAUACUCAUUGAGGAGAAUCGAAGCGACGUCGACCUUCGGCAUCAGCUUCGAUCGGAGCGUGUCAGAAUCACCAGCGAUGAGCUGGUGGGCCCUUUUGUUCAGGAGUUAUCGAAGCAUCUUGGCGAUCUAAAGCAAGCCACUGAAGUCGAUAAAGCCCUCCGGACUCUGUUCAGCUCGAAUGAAAAGGCGAUCGACAUGCUCAGCAAGAGUGAGGAAAUUCACGCCAAAUUGGCAUCCCCUGUCGGUGAUGACGUGAAAGCCGAAAUGAACGAAUUUCUGAAAAUCGACGACGACGAGUACAUAACAGAGCAAGUGGAAAAGGUGGGUUCCCGUUAG